AUGAUGAGCCUAAAUGAAGAAACUGACAUUAACAAACUGAUUGAGGAAAGGAACGAAUGGGUAAAGAAGUAUGAAUCCGCUGAGUCCGAAUGUGCAAUCUUGAAGGAAAAGUUGGACAAGAUCACUUUGGGCACCCCUGACAAAAAUGAGCAGUUGCAUGGAAACGACGCCUUUCGAAGGGACAUUUCGAUGAAGUACAAAUAUAUGCAAAACCAGUGCGAAUUCCUCAGCGUACAGCUGAACAUACUCACCCUGGAGAAGGAGAAAGAGGUACAGAAAAACCAAGAGCUGCAAGCUACCAUCGACAAGCAGAAAAACGAAAUAAAGGGGUACCAGAAAAUUCUGGAAAAACUAAAAAAUAUGAACAUCACCUUCAGGAAGGAAAAAAACGAAACAGAGAAAAAAAUUUGCACCAUUAGAGAUAGCGACCUAUUGACAAGGAACGAUAAUGUCUUGCUCAAAGAAAUAGUAAAAAUAAAUGACAAGCUGAUAGAAGUGAAUGAAAAAAUAAGAGACAACGUUCAGGAAGAGUUGAGCAAGGCCAAAACUAAACUGUCCGUGGCAAACGACCAAAUUGGGCGGUUCUCCGAGGCAAUCAAUAAUAUUAGGGAGAAUUUUACCAAGUACAAAAAGAAGAAAGAAAAUAUUUUGCUAAGAAUAGUAAGAACCAAUGAACAGUUAAAAGAAGAAUUACGCGAAAAAAAAAUAACCGAGCAACGCAACAUUCAGUGGAACAACCAGUUGGAAGAGUACAUCACAACCAAGGCUCUGCUGAACUUUUACGAAGCCAAAUAUAAGAUGAGCGACUUCAUCCUACACACUGUCCUGAGGUAUGUUAGCUCCAUAGUCAACUGGGAUCGUGUCGAUGGUGACAAAGGCGUUGUGUUGGAUAUGUCCAAUGAAGAGAAUGCAAAUUACUCCAUUUUGUUGAAAACCCUCCUGGCAAUUCCCAUGGGGGAUAAAACAAAAAUAAAAACAGGAUCCUGCCCCGAGAAAGAAAUCUACGACGAGCAAAUGAACACUCUAAGGGCAGAUCUCCUUUCGGACAAUUUCCCACGGAGGCAUCAAAAAAGGAACAAGCAGGAUCCUCCCACCAGUGUAGAAAAUGCAGAAGAAGAUGGUAACUUUCUGGAAACAGUCAUACGUACCAACCCCAAUACAUCAAACAUUGUAGAAGAUAUAUACUACCACAUAAAAUUUGUGAAUGAAAUUUUAGAGACAGUUAAUGUAACGCUGAUUCUGCUUGUGUAUACACACGAGAAGUACUUAAAGGACCCGCUUAACCACAUCCACCAGGAGGAGUACAUCCAAAUACAGGAAAAGGGGAACCUACGAUUUGCUGCGUACUUUUUUACCUCUCUCUCCAACUUUCUCUUAUCCGUCUUGAAAUACGUCCAUAUAGUUAGAGGAACAGAUAGACAUGCCCAUCGCGCACUACUACAACAGGAGUAUCUCUUUAGUUUAUUCUGUUUAUGCAAAUAUGUCCUGGAGGAGUACGUCGAAAAGGUAAGAAUUAAAUUGUUCACGUCGACGAUAGAUUAUCAUAUAUUAAACGUACUCAGUGAUAAGCUAAGGGGUAUCUAUGAUGAAGUCAUUCCACACGUUGUGCGCGAGAAUAACGACCGAGGGGAAGAAGAAAAGGGAGACACCCCAGAGGGGGGAACCCUUCCAACAGAUGUUCCACCAAAAUAUAAUAACCAUAUGAAGAGGAAAAAUAAAAUGUAUGAUGAGGAAAAGAACACCAAAUUGAUAACCCCCGAGGGUAACCAAAAUACGGAUGGACACUCCCCCCAGAAGGAACGUCUAUAUGAGGAGCCAGAUGAGGAAACUACCUCGCUUGAUGUAUUGGGCCACUUAAAUCUCGCCACUGGUUUGAGCAUAAUGUUAUUGAUUGAGGAAGAUGUCUACUGUAAUGUUCUGCCAGAUAUGGACAUCAACCGACAGAAGGAAAUAAUAAAGAAAUGCCAAGAGCUCUUAAAAUUAGUGAAGGCACCUCUCAAAAUUAGCAAUUUCUAUUUCCCAAUAAUGAGGUAUAAAUUUUCUUUUAAAAAUUUUAUUAUGCAUUGUGCAAGGUACCAAAGGGUAGUGAUGAGCAGUGUGAACAGAGGAAAUUCCACACAUGGGGGUACGAAGAGUGAAUACAAAAUCAACCAGCUGAGUGUCUCCAUGUUGGACGAACUGAAAAGUAUUCUGGAGGAUGUCACUAGGAUGUACUCCAUCGACGCGGAGCAAAGGGGGGAUCCAUACAUACUACAAAUAUGUGACAAACUCGUAGAGUUUUACCAAGACGAAGUGGCGGGAAGGGGGGAAAUAAGCAAAGAGCAAAAGAAACAGACGAUCCUAAAAGAAAAUGAAUUCAUAAAACAAUUACAAGACGAAGUUACAAUGACUAGGGAAAAAAUAAAUGAACUGAACAAACAACUCAAUCUACUUACGAUAAGGGAAGAAAAAUACAACAAAAUCAGUAUCGACUUGAAUGUUCUGAAGAAGGAAAAAAAUGAGUACCUAAAUAUAAUAAGAGAGUUAAGAGAAAGCAAAAACGAAAACGUAAAUGAAAUUUCACAUCUCACAAAACAUUACAAUGAUGUUAAAAGAAAAUAUAAUGACAUGUUGAAAAAUUAUGAACACAAGAAGAAAUUCUAUUCUACACAUAAACAAAUGGAACCAUCCAAUAUUGAUACCUACUACAUGAAGAAAAUUAUAAAUAAUCUUUACUACGAGAAUUUUUUGACAAAGUUGGGUACACAUUACUGCUUGUUCGGUCAAUCACGGUAUCCCUCCGAUGAGUCUUUCUGCGCCUCUUUUUCACCAAUCGGUAAAGGUAAGAAAAAUGCUUUUUACCCUACGCUAUACACACAUAACGAAGAGGAUGGCAUAUUUCCUUUAACAAACGAAAUUGGCCUCCACCCAAAAAAUAUAUCUUCCACAAAGGACAGUUACUUCACGAACGAGAAACAUGCAACCCUCUACGAUGAUAUAUACAACUGCGAAAUAAUCAAAGGUAGAAUUCAUCGUGCCCCAAAGGGUUAUUUUAAGAAUAGACUCUACCGUACGAAUACCACUUUGCAACAAAUUCCCACCUAUCGCGAAGAAGUAGCAAACACACAACACACAAUUGAUAUUAUGGGCAUAAUCGAAAAAUAUAAAUAUUUAAAAAAUGAAAUUUUUACCGAAAUGGUAAGCACUCCAAUUGGAAAUAAUUGCAUCUUAAGGGGGGGUAAAAAAAAAGAAAAAGAAAAUUUGGUACGCUUGUCGGAAAAAGUGGCUCAAUUGAAAUAUGCUAUAAGGAAAUUUCAUGCCGACAAUAAGGGAUUCGGAUUAAAUGAUGAGGGUUGUGAUUCCUCCGCACGAAAUGUCUUCACCAUUUUGUUUCGGGAUGGAUCACACAGUUCCCAGGAUGGGGACACUCCGAGGGAUAAAAAAAUUACGGAUGGAAAUAAGGUAACUGAAGGCAAAGCACAGCAAAGCUCCAGCAAUGUUAUACUCACCGAUGAGUCCUUCUCAUACCUCCUUCACAAUAUGUUCGAUUUGUAA